GCGCGGCCUGAUGACGUAAGGGAUGUUUUGCUAACUGUUAGCUUGCGAGCUAACUUUUUCCCCUCAAUCGCCGACUCUUUAUCAAAUCAAUCUGGCCGAUUUAAGGAGCCUUUUUUUCAAACAUCUGUGACACCAGCGUGAAUGUUCUGUGAUAAACAGAAAGAAGACGACAUGAACGGAAGUACGAACCCGCUGCUGGACAAAGAGGAGCAUGUUUUAAAGCUGGGAGAAAGCUUCGAGAAGAGGCCCAAGUCCUCCUUCCACACCAUCAGAUAUGAUUUCAAGCCAGCCUCCAUCGACACGAGCUGCGAAGGAGAGCUGCAUGUCGGCAAAGGGGACGAAGUCACCAUCACGCUGCCUCACAUUCCGGGCUCCACGCCACCGAUGACGGUGUUCAAAGGGAACAAGCGGCAGUACCAGAAGGACUGCGUGCUCAUCAUCAACCACGACACCGGAGGAUUUGUCCUGGAGAAGCUGAGCAGCAGCAUCCAGGUGAAGAAAACCAGGGCGGAGGGCAGCAGUAAGAUCCAGGCUCGCAUCGAGCAGCAGGCGGUCCGCACCAACACGCCCGGCCCUCAGUUCCGGGCCCCGACGAAGCCCGGCGUGGCCGUCAAGACGUCGCCGUCUCCCUCCAAGGACAACCCCUCCCCCGAGCCGCAGCUCGACGACAUCAAGCGAGAGCUGCGGGCGGAGGUGGACGUCAUCGAGCAGAUGAGCAGCAGCGGCAGCAGCUCGUCCGCGUCGGCCAGCGGCGACGACAGCAGCGACGGCGAGCGCCAAGCCCCCUCGCCACCCCCUUGCCACCCCCUCGCCAACGGAGGCGAGCGGCAGCCGGCCGGCGACAACCAGCUCUUGAACACGCUCCGAAGCGACCUCCAGCUCAGCGAGUCGGGCAGCGACAGCGACGACAACUGAUUGGCCCCGCCCCCGUCGCACCAGCGGACGCAGCAACACCCGAGAGUGUAUUUUUUAAUGUACAUUUGAUUUUCUACAAGAGUGUAGCUGGAAGAUUGUAUAUUUUAGAAGGAACUAUUUUAUUUUCUCUACUUUUGUUUUAACUGAGAGCAGGAAGAGAUGACCUCUCCUCCUCGCAUCUUUUAGCAGAGAGGAUUGUGGGUAAACUUGCACAUUACCAGAGCUCCAAAAGGGAAAAUGUCCGGUGUUAACCACUAAGUGUGUUUUGCUCAGACUACGUUGAAAUUGUGUGUUCUCGAUUACCUUUUUGUUGACUUUUUUUAGUUAGUUGUGUGCUACUUUUCAGUAUAUUUAUCUUUUGUCGCUUGUUUCCUUGUGGGAUGUGUACAAAAAAAAAAGUAUUUAAAUAAAAGAUGAUACAAAGACAAAGUAGAAAUGAGUCGUGAGCGGAAAACAACUUUUUAAAAACGUUGUAUUUGUCACUUCAGAGCCACAAAGAAUCGACCUAGUGUUGGCGAAAUGAUGCCUCUGUGAUUGUGUGGCACACUCAAUAGAUGCAUUGGCGCAGGGUUUCUGCAUAUCAUUAAACGUUACCAAAUGGAUUUGACAAAAAUGAAGGCCUUAAAUACCAGAGGCAUUUGGGAAAAAAAAAAAUCCUACAAUUAUACGCCCAAGAUUGUCAGUAAGUCAAUUAAUUGAACA